AUGCUAUACGAAGGGAAACAGUUAGUUUCCUGCCAUUGUUUCUUCCUGUUAACAGCAAAAUUCUACUGGAUACUCACCCUGAUGCAAAGAACUCACGGCCAGGAAUAUGCCCACUCCAUCCGAUUGGACGGGGACAUUAUCUUGGGAGGACUGUUCCCUGUCCAUGCAAAAGGGGAUAGAGGGGUGCCUUGUGGGGAGCUCAAGAAGGAGAAAGGGAUCCACAGACUUGAGGCAAUGCUAUAUGCAAUUGAUCAGAUUAAUAAAGACCCUGAUCUUCUUGCCAAUAUCACCUUAGGCGUCCGGAUCCUUGACACAUGUUCCAGGGACACUUAUGCAUUGGAGCAAUCCUUAACAUUUGUGCAAGCGUUAAUAGAAAAAGAUGGUUCAGACGUGAAGUGUGCUAAUGGUGACCCACCUAUUUUCACUAAGCCAGACAAGAUAUCAGGUGUGAUAGGUGCUGCAGCAAGUUCUGUGUCCAUUAUGGUCGCUAAUAUUUUAAGACUUUUUAAGAUACCUCAAAUCAGCUAUGCAUCUACAGCUCCAGAACUGAGCGACAACACCAGGUAUGACUUCUUCUCUCGAGUGGUCCCACCGGACUCCUACCAAGCACAGGCCAUGGUUGACAUUGUGACAGCCCUUGGUUGGAACUACGUGUCAACACUGGCUUCCGAAGGCAACUAUGGAGAGAGUGGUGUGGAGGCAUUCACCCAGAUCUCCAGAGAAAUUG